AUGAAAUCUCUUAUUUGUCUUUUGGUUUUGGCUUUAUCAUUUUUGUACUUGACGGCUAAGUCAUCACGUGUCCCUUCUCGCCGUUUAGCACAUAAAAUACCGAAAGAUUUCAACAUAGAUAUAAUAAAGACAGUGGUGGUUAGUCAGAAUGGUGAAGGUGAUUUCAAAACCAUCCAAGCAGCCAUCGACUCCAUUCCUUCUGGUAACAAUAAUUGGAUUCAGAUUCAUCUUCAAAAUGGAAUCUACAACGAAAAGAUAGUGAUUCCAAGGGAGAAACAAAAGAUAAUAAUGCAAGGAAACACAUCCGAAGUGAUAAUUCAAUAUAAUGAUGCUGGACAAUCCAAUUCGAGUGGUCCGAUCAUCGUUUACGCUGAAUACUUCGUCGCUAUCAAUAUUACUUUCAAGAAUACUUAUAACAAGAUAACAACAAUAGUACCAUAUCAAGAGAUAAAGGUAGCUCCAUCAAUUAUACUAAUGGCAGACAAGGCGUGGUUCUAUGGCUGCAGCUUCAUCAGUGUCCAAGACACACUAGCUGACUUAGUCGGCCGCCACUUCUUCCUAAACUGUUACAUUGAAGGAGCCAUCGAUUUCAUAUGGGGACGAGGCCAAUCUAUAUACCAAAAUUGCGUUAUACACGUUAAAGGAGUGGUAUCAAAUGAAAUGGUGAACGAAGGACAAUUGUUACCGGGAUUCAUAACCGCCCAAGGGAGGGAAAGCGAGCAAGACACGAGUGGAUUUGUUUUCAAGUAUUGCAAGAUUGAAGGUGAUGGUAACGCAUCCUUGGGAAGAGCAUACCGAGGCUACUCUAGAGUAGUCUUUUAUGAAUCCAGCAUGUCCAAUAUUAUUACUCCUGAAGGAUGGGAUGCUUGGUUGUAUAAAGGCCAAGAGGAUAAAUUUACAUUUGCGGAGGUAAACUGCAUAGGAGAAGGAGCGAAUAAGCAAAGAAGAGUUGGAUGGGAGAAGAAUCUUUCUGCUUCAGAUGUUGCUUUUCUUGUAAACACUAAAACUUUCAUUGAUGAAGAUGGUUGGAUGACCUAUCUUCCUUCUUCUCUCGUCUCUUUAUAUCAAUCAUCCUCCAUUUGUUAA